AUGGCUCCAGUGCGACUUCGACACCCAAAAGGCGUGGCUACAAUCCAAGCUCCGUUCGAUGACAACAAAUACACCGUACAAGAUCUCCAGCAAGAGAUCUACGCAGCGUCUCAAAUUCUCCCUUCUCGGCAAUCCCUAAAAACCGGAUAUCCUCCUCGGAAUCUCGACCUAACCAGACCGGAGCUGCCUGUAUCCAGUCUUGGAUUGAAGGGAGGUGACCAAUUGAUUGUUGGUGAAGAAUCCGCUUCGAGGAUCAAUUCAACACCGUCGAGUUUUGAAACGAAAGUUGAUCGCGCAACAUCAAUACCAACUCCUUCUUCUAAAGCGCCGCCGCAGGCAUCAUCUGCUCGACCAAUAUUCUCAUCUACUACUUCAAAUGGUCCUGUCCACGUAUCGACCGAUGGUGGUGUCCUGGUUCAUCGUGUCGUCCCAGAUGACAAUUCUUGCUUAUUUUCAUCAGUGGCUCUGAUAUUCGAGCAGGACAUGAACAAAGCUCCAAAAAUGAGACAAAGUACACAUACUCUCACACUUAUCUUAUUGGACUCGUUCUCAUCUAUUCAAGUCGUCGCAGAUGGUAUAAGGAAGGACCCAGAAACUUACAACGAAGCUAUUCUAGGAAUGCCUCCAUCACGGUACAUCGACACGAUAACGAAAUCCUCAGCCUGGGGCGGAGCGAUCGAGCUUACCAUCCUAGCUGCUCAUUAUCGGACGGAAAUCUGCUCGGUAGACGUGGAGACUGGUCGAAUAGAUCAGUUUACACCAGGCCCCGAUAGCGGUGGUAUGCGUUGUAUAGUCAUUUAUUCCGGAAUUCAUUACGAUGCUGCAACGCUGGCACCGAUGGUUGAGGCACCCUCCGAAUGGCACCAAACUAUCUUUCCUAUUACUUCUCCGGAUACUUCUGAUAGCAUUCUCGUCGCAGCAAAGAAACUCGCGGAUACCCUUCGCUCGAAGAAAGCAUACACCAAUACUGCUACAUUUGAUUUGAAGUGUGAAGUUUGUGGGCAAGGACUCAAAGGAGAGAAGGGCGCGCGAGCACAUGCUGAGCAAACAGGGCAUACACGUUUUGGCGAAUAUUAA